CAUUAAAAAUCAAUUUGAAUUGUUAAAAGUGAUAUAGAAAUAAAUUGAAUUGAAUAUAAAUGACCUAGAAAAAUCUAAACAUUGGCUGCAGCAUCAUUUUAACUUCAUGCCUCAAAAUAACCUUCAUGAUGACAAACAUAUUUUUAGUUUCACAUUCAGGCCAUUUCCAAGACUAUAUUCAUGUCUUCCAGAUUGUUCUGUGUGUUUAUGUCUACACCCCCCAUCUUUACAGCUGUUUACUAGAGGUUUACACGUGGAGUAUGUGACCGCAAGCUAUGAGCUGGCAGGAGUGUGUGUGUGUGUGUGUGUGUGUGUGUGUGUAAGAAUCUUGGAGAAAACAAGUUUCAGUUCCUGUCAAUUGGGCGGGUCAAAAAGCCACUCAGCUUUCAAUUCAGUCACUCGAGCUGUGAGGUGAUGGCACCAAAAAUAGUCUGAGAGAGAAUAUAAAGAGCUGGACCUAACUGACCAGACAUCACAAGAAGAGCAAGAAGUCUGGGAGCGACACACAAUCACAAGGCAAGAAGAUUGGAAGUCUGGUCCGAGCGAGAGUCCGAGAUUCCGGGACGACCCACAGAACAAACUUACCGCAAGGAGAUGAUGAAGUAUUACCAGUGUCCCGUGACCCAGAAUGUGAGCUAUGAGGGGUGCAACAUCAAACCUGGGAAUCUGGUGACCUGCCUUCCUGCCCACAAGUCCGAAAAACCAGUCCGCAGCGUCCACUUCCCCAACGACGUGGUCUUCCAGGAUUAUGUCCGUCACGGAGAGCUGGAGAGGAUCGGACGCUUCAUCCGGGCCAGGAGGGUCACCCUGGACACUAUGUAUCCUUCAGGCAUGGCAGCCAUACACGAGGCCGUGCUCUCGGGGAACCUGGAGUGUGUGAAGCUGCUGGUAAAACACGGUGCAGACAUCAUGCAGAGAGACGAGGACGGCUGGACGCCGCUCCACAUGGCCUGCAGCGACGGAUUCCCACACAUCGCAGAGUUCCUGCUCUCUCUCGGUGCUGACCCCGAGGCUGAGAACGAAUGUGGAGAGAAACCCGCUGACCUCAUCGACCCCGACUGUAAAGAGCUGGUGGAGAUGUUCGGUGCCGGCGCAGACUGAACCUGCAGCACGUCCGGAGCAUUGAAUCAGCUCGAUCUUCUCCUCCGUCUGAUGGUGAUGGAGUAAGACCCAGAGCAUAAACGCUGCUACAUGUAGCUCUUCUGGUGAAUAAGGCCUUGAAUGACGUUGGUGCAGGUCUGAGCGUGGAGGAGAACAGCAGAAGAACUUAAAGUGGAACGGAGACGUGGAACCUCGAAAGGGGUCGUGACUGCAGAGGAAAGAGAUUCCGCUGGAGAACAAGACACGAAGCAGCUCUGUGUUUUAAUACCGUUGUGUUUGAUCUUGUAUUCUGUAGACAUUAAAUAGCUCAGUGCAAAAGUUUUCAUCCCUGAAGGACAUAAAUGGGGUAAAACAGAAAAGAAACUCUGGCUCUGUUUGAAACUACUUUACGUUUGGGGUUGUUGUCUUGCAAAAUUUAUUUUUAUAUAAAUAAUUUGUAAAAAUAAAUAA